AUGCCACCACCAUCAGACAUUGUCAAAGUAGCCAUUGAAUGGCCAGGUGCUAAUGCUCAGCUCCUUGAAAUCGACCAGAAACGGCCUCUGGCAUCCAUCAUCAAGGAAGUUUGUGACGGGUGGUCCUUGCCAAACCCGGAGUAUUACACCCUCCGUUAUGCAGACGGCCCCCAGCUCUACAUCACGGAGCAGACGCGCAGUGAUAUUAAGAAUGGGACCAUCUUACAGCUGGCUAUCUCCCCGUCCCGGGCUGCACGCCAGCUGAUGGAGAGGACCCAGUCGUCCAACAUGGAGGCCCGGCUGGAUGCCAUGAAGGAGCUGGCCAAGCUCUCUGCCGACGUGACCUUCGCCACCGAGUUCAUCAACAUGGACGGCAUCGUGGUGCUGACGCGGCUUGUGGAGAGUGGAACCAAGCUCUUGUCCCACUACAGUGAGAUGCUGGCAUUCACCUUGACCGCCUUCUUAGAGCUCAUGGACCAUGGCAUUGUCUCCUGGGACAUGGUUUCCAUCACCUUCAUCAAGCAGAUUGCAGGGUACGUGAGCCAGCCCAUGGUGGACGUGUCAAUCCUUCAGAGGUCCCUGGCCAUCCUGGAGAGCAUGGUCUUGAACAGCCAGAGCCUGUACCAGAAGAUAGCAGAGGAAAUCACCGUGGGACAGCUCAUCUCUCACCUCCAGGUCUCCAACCAGGAGAUUCAGACCUACGCCAUUGCACUGAUUAACGCGCUUUUCCUGAAGGCUCCUGAGGACAAGCGACAGGACAAGCACCUUAACCCUCUAGACCUACCUGCCACUGAUAUGGCCAACGCAUUUGCACAGAAGCACCUUCGCUCCAUAAUCCUGAAUCAUGUGAUCCGAGGGAACCGCCCAAUCAAAACUGAGAUGGCCCAUCAGCUGUAUGUCCUGCAAGUCCUGACCUUUAACCUUCUGGAAGAAAGGAUGAUGACCAAGAUGGACCCCAAUGACCAGGCUCAAAGAGACAUUAUAUUUGAACUGAGGAGGAUCGCAUUUGAUGCAGAGUCUGACCCUAGCAACGUCCCCGGGAGUGGGACUGAAAAACGCAAAGCCAUGUACACCAAGGACUACAAAAUGCUGGGGUUUACAAACCACAUCAACCCAGCGAUGGACUUUACCCAGACUCCUCCUGGAAUGCUGGCCUUGGACAACAUGCUGUACUUGGCUAAAGUCCAUCAGGACACCUACAUCCGGAUCGUCUUGGAGAACAGCAGCCGAGAGGACAAACACGAGUGCCCCUUCGGCCGCAGCGCCAUUGAGCUCACCAAGAUGCUCUGUGAGAUCCUGCAGGUUGGGGAACUGCGUGUGAUCAUGGAGGUGUUGGAGUUGGCCUUCUCCAUCCUGUAUGACCCUGAUGAGACCUUAAACUUCAUCGCGCCUAACAAGUAUGAGUACUGCAUCUGGAUCGAUGGCCUCAGUGCCCUUCUGGGGAAGGACAUGUCCAGUGAGCUGACCAAGAGUGACCUGGACACCUUGCUGAGCAUGGAAAUGAAGCUACGGCUCCUGGACCUGGAGAACAUCCAGAUUCCCGAAGCCCCACCACCAGUGCCCAAGGAGCCCAGCAGCUAUGACUUUGUCUAUCACUACGGCUGA